AAAGGAUGAAGAGAAACACGUUUAUCAGCAGAAUUAGAAAAACUUUGUUCCCCCGUUUGUCCGUCUGAUCAAAAGACUCCUAAUUUAAUUCAGCUGUCGGCGAAGACGGCCUCCCUGGACAGAAAUGCUGUCAGUUUUGUUGCUGCUGGUUCUGUCUGCAGGCAGCAUCCAGGGCGGCGUGGAGAACCGGCCUCCGGGCGGAACAGUUUCCCCGCUGGAACUCGGUCUGGAGAAAAAAGCGUCUGCUAAGUUCAGACAGAAGCGGCAGCUGGACUCGUUCUCCUCCAUGCCCGAUGGGAAGCUGCAGUGGGUGAAAUGGGAGGGUUUCCUUCCUCAUGGGAUCGUUUCUAUUUACAACAAGUAUGAAAAACGAACCGACUACAUCUGUAAAGUCAGAUGCCGUGCAGGUUUUUACAACCCCAGCAAAGGCCCUUACUGCCACUACCCUGAUCAGAAAGAGCAUCGCUCCUCCUCUUUUCAAGUCCUGGUGAAUGAAGACAGUUUUGAGACCCUGGAGUGGAAGGAGGGUUUUUAUGGUUCUGUUCCAAAGAAUUCAAUCAGAACCUGCUCCAGUCAAGAGCUCUUUGUAGGGAAGAAUAAGUACGGAUUGGGGAUGGUUUAUCCAAAAGAUAAAUGCUUUUAUCUCCCCUGGAAAGGGAAGCAGUAUUGGUACAAGUGGCACUAUGAGGUUCUGACUCAGUUGAAGGCUGAAAGCAACGUGAUCUCUGACGUCAAAUAUAAACCAGAUCUCACAAAAAUCAUAAAAUUGCCUCCGAUGACCAUAAGAGUUUCCGUCAUCGACAACUAUUCAUGCAGGCCGGUGUCAAAAAAAGUAAAGUUGAGUGAAAAAAUGACAAAUAAGCGGCAGUGGGACACCAGCUCCCUCUUCAGGUCCAGACAGAGAACAACAUUCAGGGCAGGAAUCCCGAUCAUCAUGGAGGGAAAUGUCGGUGUCACCACGGAGCGCUCAUUUCAAAGCUCUACAGGAGAAACGGUGACAGACGAGGAGCUGCACUCCGUCAAAGAAAAGCUCACCGUGCCGCCAAACCACCGCUGCAGAGUUGAAAUGGUUGGUUUCAUGUUCAAGGUGGACAUCCCGUACUCCGCCCGGCUCACCCGCUCCUAUGAGGACGGAGAGACCAGAUCAGCCGCCCUCUCCGGGGUUUACCACGGGGUCCAGACGGGCCAGGUCUGGGGCAAGAGAGACCGGUGUGAGCCGCUGGCCAAGCCCAGGCCUUGCCUCAAAACAGAGUAGCAAAGUGUCCAGCUGCAGCUUUCAUUUAUGCUUUUUGCAUUUUCUUAUUAUAGCCACCUUCCUCGGUUUACUAUUUGCAACCAGACAAUUGAAUUUUAGAAAAUUUUGUUAAUUGAAAGCAAAUCUUAUUGAACCUUAGGAUUAUUAAGAUUAAUCUUAAAGUUGAUCUAAAUCCAGUUAACGUCCUAAAGUUCAUUGUUUCUCAGUCUUUGUGUUUUGCAAGCUCCUUUUUUGGCAUUAAUAAAGCUUAAUAGCAAUGAAAAAAUGAAAA